AUGCAUAAAAUAAUAUCAGGGAAUCAAUCCAAAGAAACCAUAUUCACAAUGCAGUGUUUUUCUGACCAGCAAGACGUUCAGAUUCCCCUCUUUGUGACCUUCCUUCUCAUCUUCCUCAUCAUUAUUAUUGGUAAUUCAACUAUUUUUGCAACAAUUACACUGAUUUCCCAGUUGCACACCCCCAUGUACAUGCUCUUGGGCAGUCUCUCAUUCCUGGAUAUCUCCUACACUUUGACUACUCUACCAAAACUAUUACUCAUGCUUUGCACUCAAGACAAGACCAUUUCAUUCACCGGCUGCGUGAUUCAGUUAUAUUUCUUUAUAGGAUUUACAUGCACUGAAUUCCUUCUCCUCUCUGUCAUGGCCUAUGACCGCUAUGUGGCAGUUUGUCAACCACUUCAUUACAGUUUACUGAUGAGCCUAAAACACUGUGUAAAGCUAAUAAUUGUAGUAUGGGCAGCUGGCUUUUUGGAUACUGCGCCUUUCGCUCUACUAAUAAAAAAUCUUACCUUUUGUUCAUCUCAUUACAUUGAGCAUUUCUUUUGUGAUUUUACUCCAGUGCUUAAAAUCACCUGCAGUGACACCUCCACCAUUGAGAUAUUGACCUAUAUUAAUGGAGUCGUCAUGGCAUUUAGUGCAUUCACACUCACUUGUGCAUCUUAUGUUGUCAUCAUCUGUACAGUAGUAAAGAUCCAGUCAUCUGAAGGACGGAAAAAGACCUUUUCUACUUGUACUUCCCACUUGACAUGUGUUACCAUCUUUUAUGGGACCAUCAUCUGUUCAUACAUCAGACCAGUUCAAUCUUACACCCCUAAGCAGGACACAUAUUUUGCCCUUCUUUAUAUUGUAUUAGUCCCAAUACUAAAUCCUUUCAUUUACACUAUGAAGAAUAAAGAAUUUAAAGAAAGUUUUGGAACAUUGAGAGCAAAAAUAGCACUCUUUCAUUUAGAGAAAUGA